AUGGAUAUUUGUUUGGAACAAAUUAGCAAUUUUUUUGAAUCUGGGGAUUUAAAAACAAUUGUAAAUAAUACUCCACAUAUUUGUUUGUUAGAUCCAACAGAAUUGGAAGCUAAAUAUGAGUACAUUUAUUUCCAUAUGGGUUUUGUCAGUGAAGAAUUAGCAAAAAGUAAAUGUUGGAUGGAUUUGGAUUUAUUUUCAAUAAUUGAUAGACAUUCUUUACUUUUAAAAACUGGAAAAUAUUUUUAUCCUGAUCCGAAAAGGCCACAAUUAAAAAAGGAAAAUCCAUCACCCGAAUUAAUUUUUGAUACACCAGAAAAUAAAUUUGCUAAUUUGGUUGCUGAAGUUGAAUAUGGUAAAAAUUUACUUAAAUAUUGA